AUGACUAAGUCAAUGUCGAUUUGUUCUCUUCACUUUAAAAGAGAUGAUUACAUAAAUGCAGAUUUAUCUUCAAAGAAGCGUUACCUAAAACGAAAUGUUGUUCCAUCUUGUAAUCUACCAAAACUCAAACAAAUAUCUACACCUGAAAAUACUUCAUUGUCAAGAUUAGAACGAGCCAAAAAGAGAAAUGAAAAUAUCGUUAAACGUUGUUUAAAUUUUGAUGAACAGAUAGUUGAAAAUGGUGAAGUCAAUAAAAAUGAUAUUUCUGAAAAUAGUUUAUCUAAAUUUAUGACCUGUGUUACACCAGCUGGUAUAAUUUCAUUUAUCAGCCAAGGAUAUGGAGGGCGUGCAUCUGAUAAAUUUAUUUUUGAAAACAGUAAUGUAAUUGAUUUACUAGAUGAAAAUGAUGCUAUUAUGGCAGAUAAAGGAUUUCUCAUCAAUUCAUUGUGCGCAAAAAACAUGUUAUCGAUGUCUCAAUACUGUGGUAUUCUUUACGAUUCAAACAAUGAAGAACACGGUUAUGAAGUGGGUGAUGCAGCUAAUGACGACGACGACGACGACGACAACAACGACGAGGACGACGACGAUGAUGACAAUAACGAAGAUUAUAUAGAGUGA